CUUCGAACUUCACCUCCCAGGGUGCACCGCGGAAGAGCCCGUCGCCUCCCAUUGGUCGGGCUCCCUGAGCAGUGGAGGCAGGACUUGAGGCAGAGCUGCUGAGGGGGAGCCCGGCGCAGAGAGCUGCGGAGCUGAAAUGAGGCGCACUCACGGAGCGGCUCACACCGUACACAGCCGAGCGGCUCAGGAAGAGGCUCCACUCCGCUCCAGCUCCAGCUCCAGCCUGCUGCCGCCGAAGGAAGGGCUCCGUCCAUGCGGAGGCUAGCGCUCUUCCUGCUGCCCUGUGCUGUCGCCGUCCUGGUGCACUUGUGGUUGGCACAACGACCCUCCUUCUCCUUCUUCUUCUUCACCCCGCUGGACAACAGCACACGCUCGGAUGAACCCUUGCCAUUCUUUGAAGUUUUGGUGGGAGUGCUUUCAGCGAGGCACCAUCAUGACCUCCGACAAGCGAUAAGAGACACGUGGCUGGGAUACAUUAGAGGUCACCCGCACUUCCAGCACAGGGUGGCGGUGAAGUUUAUCGUGGGUCGGCAUGGGUGUCCCGUUUCGGACGAGGACAGGGAGGAUCCUUACUCCUGCUCCCUCCUGAACUUCAGCAAGCCAGUGACGGGGAAGGAUGCAGAGAUGGAGAUCGUCACGGUGGCUGACCCCUCGUUGCUCGUCUCCUCCGACGUGUCGGCUAUCGCCCUGGACUUUAAAGUCCUGCACCCGGUGGUGAUCACCAGGCUCGGGGUGUUUUCCAGCGGGACGCGGCCUGAACUUCACAGCAACGUGACGGUGAAGCUUCUGCAGCUCGACCAGGAGGAGGCGGUGGUUACGGCCCGCUUCAGCUCCAUCAGCAUGGGGACGAUGGUAAACUGGGCGUGGUACAAACCGGUGGAGCAGUUCAUCUUGCCCAAGGGCUUUGAGGGGACGCUGGUUUGGGAGAGUCAGGACUCCGCUUCGCUGACCACCGUCAAUUCCUCCUCCGUGGAGCUCAAUGAUGGAGGAGGCGUCCUCAAGAUCUCCUCUAUUGCAGAGGGCACCUUGCCUCACAGAAGUGCUCUUGGAUUUCCCGGUUUGGCGGGAGGCUUCACGUUCACCAUCUACGACGUAGACGGAUUGUCGGAGCUCCUGCGAGGCCGUGCCGCCCGGAUGGAGGAGCGCGCCGCCAGGUUGAGGCGGGAGGACGCCGCUCUGCGGGAGGAGAGCCUCAGGCACGGCGACAUGGUGUUCGUGGACGUGGUGGACACCUACAGGAACGUGCCUUCCAAGUUGCUUCAGUUCUAUAAAUGGUCCGUGGGAAACGCUGACUUUGAUCUGCUGCUGAAGACGGACGAUGACUGCUACAUCGACGUCGACUCGGUGUUAAUGAAAAUUGACCACAAGGGUCUGAAGCGCAGAAACUUCUGGUGGGGGAAUUUCAGGCAAAGCUGGGCUGUGGAUCGCAUCGGCAAGUGGCAGGAGCUGGAGUACGCCAGCCCGGCGUACCCGGCGUUCGCCUGCGGCUCCGGCUACGUCGUCUCCCGUGACUUGGUCCGCUGGCUCGCCGCUAACGCCGGGCAGCUGAAAGCCUAUCAGGGAGAAGACGUAAGCAUGGGGAUAUGGAUGGCAGCCGUCGGGCCGCAGAAAUAUCAGGACGCCGGCUGGCUGUGUGAGAAGAACUGCUACCUGGACAUGCUGUCGUCUCCACAGCACACGGCCGAGGAGCUGCGCGUCCUCUGGGACAGGAAGAGCAUCUGCAGAGACCCCUGUGGGUGUCCCUGGGACCCCUGAUGGUGGUCCGCUCCGACCGCCCACCAUGUGGCACUGUGGGUAAAAAAAACCAACAACAACAUGCACAUAAACACUUCUUCCCCUGUUCGGUUUCUGGGGACAUUUCCUAACUAACCAAACCGAGCGGUGGUUAGUUAUUCUGCUGUGAUGCAAAGACUUGAAGUGUAGGAUUUUCCUGCUGUAAUUACAAUGUUGAAAACUUUAAUAAAAAAUAAACCAUCUGCAGUUUAGAGGUGUGCUUUAAACUCAGAUUUAGCCGUAUUUUACUGUCAGUAAUUCCUGUUAGCCAUUAACUGAGUUCAUGUGGAGGGAGACGUGAAGGGGAAAGUUUUCAGUGUCGCUGGAAGGCUUUGCUAGCUUAUAAAAAUGUGAUUUUAAAGGGAAUAUUUAAUUGCAUUUUAAAGACGAGUGUCCCGCUUGGCUUUAUUUGGUUAAAAAAAAAAAAAAAAAUGUUGUCACCCACCCCUCACUUGUUUGUAGACUUCUCACAAGCAGAGACUCUUUGUACUGUAACGGUUCUCGUGCAAAUAGUGAGUGAUGUGGCCUUACUGUGUUUGUUAGGCAUCAUUCUGUAUGUGUGUGUGAUCCUCAGCGCAGGCUUUCUGAGCCUCUGUGAAAACGGACGUUUCAACAAAGAGGUAAUAAAGAACCCAGAAGACAGA